AUGUGGUUGGAGAAUCACGCCCUGUCCUCGAAUCACCCGUUCGGCCUCUUGUCAGCUUCUAGAUUUGACCCCAGGAUGGUGGAGCACUUUGUCAAGGGCCUCGGUGGUGGUCUUCUGGGCGGUGGCCGACACCGUUAUGAUGACUACAGACGCGUUGAAUUCCCCCGAGGUGUCGGUGGCGUUCCCUACAACGAUUUCCAUGUCCGGGAGCGCCCCCCCAAAUACACCAAUGGCAACCAGCUUGGCGGUAAUUACAAGUAUGGUCACAUCGAGACCAAUGACAACACUGCUCAGCUGGGGGGCAAAUACAGAUACGGUGAGAUCCUUGAGUCUGACGGAAGCAUCAGGGACCUCCGGAACGGUGACUACCGCAAUGCUGACAAUGCAUAUGGCGGCCACAGGGGCCGUGGGCGCUACAGGUCAGCCGAAGGCACGGCAGCCGUGAGCAGGCUUCACCGGAGAGAGCUGCGGCCCGGAGAGAUCCCACCCGGUGUGGCCACUGGGGCGCUGGGCCCAGGUGGUUUGCUGGGCACUGGGGGCAUGCUGGCAGCCGAUGGCAUCCUUUCGGGCCAAGGUGGCCUGCUCGGAGGAGGUGGUCUCCUUGGUGAUGGAGGACUUCUCGGAGGAGGUGGAGUCCUGGGCGUGCUUGGCGAGGGCGGCAUCCUCAGCACCGUGCAAGGCAUCACCGGGCUGCGCAUCGUGGAGCUGACCCUCCCCCGAGUGUCUGUGCGACUCCUGCCCGGUGUGGGCGUCUACCUGAGCUUGUACACCCGCGUGGCCAUCAAUGGAAAGAGUCUCAUUGGCUUCCUGGACAUCGCGGUGGAGGUGAACAUCACAGCCAAGGUCCGGCUGACCAUGGACCGCACAGGCUACCCUCGGCUAGUUAUUGAGCGAUGUGACACCCUCCUGGGGGGGAUCAAAGUCAAGCUGCUUCGAGGGAACAAGGGAGGAAGAGCCCAGAAGAUGGGGCUAUGGGUCAUACGCACUCUGAUUCCUCUGGGGAUAUUGGGAAGUGUCCAGUAUACCUUCUCCAGCCUCCCGCUUGUGACUGGGGAAUUCCUGGAGCUGGACCUCAACACUCUGGUUGGAGAGGCUGGAGGAGAUCUCAUUGACUACCCGCUGGGGCGGCCAGCCACGGCUUCCAGACAGAAGAUGCCAGAGUUACCCCCCAUGGGCGACAACACCAACUCCCAACUGGCCAUCUCUGCCAACUUCCUGGGCUCAGUGCUGGCCCUCCUGCAGAAGCAGGGGGCACUGGAUAUCGACAUCACCAAUGGCAUGUUUGAAGAACUUCCUCCUCUCACCACGUCCACGCUGGGAGCUCUGAUUCCCAAGGUGUUCCAGCAGUACCCCGAGUCCCGCCCUCUCACCAUCAGGAUCCAGGUACCCAACCCGCCUUCAGUGACGCUGCAGAAGGACAAGGCGCUGGUGAAGGUCUUCGCCACCUCCGAGGUCAUGGUCUCCCAGCCCAACGACGUUGAGACCACUAUCUGCCUCAUUGAUGUGGACACAGAGCUCUUGGCCAUGUUUUCCGUGGAGGGAGACAAGCUCAUGAUCGACGCCAAGCUGGAGAAGACUCACCUCAACCUCAGAACCUCAAACGUAGGCAACUUUGAUGUUGGCCUAUUGGAGGUGCUGGUCGGGAAGAUCUUUGACCUGGCGUUUAUGCCCGCCAUGAACGCCGUGCUGGGCUCUGGCGUCCCUCUCCCCAAAAUCCUCAACAUCGAUUUCAGCAAUGCAGACAUCAACGUCUUGGAGGACCUUCUGGUGCUGAGUGCCUGAUGACAGAUGCAGAGAUGCCACCACAGCCCUGGAAGAAGCCAGAACCAGCCCUGGAAAGGCUCUGCCUAACACAGCCCCCAGCCCCGAGUCCCUGAGGCCCCCUAUGCCAGUCCUUACCCAGCCCUCCAACCCUCUUCCCACCUUCCCCCACCCGAAAAAGGAACCAACCACUGGCCCUGUGGGCAAACGAUCCCACCCAUGGUUAGCCCAAUGGGCAGAGCCCACAGGAGGAAGGAGGCCACCUGGAGGACUGAGGUCUCUCGGCUCCAUGCCAGACUCCACACUGCGUACUUUCCACUUUCAAUAAAAGAUUCCAAUUUCCCUGCA